CCUCUCGCCCCUCACUUUUUCGUUGUCUUGGCGGCUUCUUCUCCCUUUGUCUCAUGGAAGCAACAUCGCCACAACCCGAAAAACAAUGAGACUCCGUGCCUUAGUCGCGGCUCUUCAGCUGCUAUGGCUAUCGAGCCUCGCCGACGCCGCCAUGAGCCGUAAGAAAUGGUCGCUCUGCUGGACUAGCUGCGAGAAUUGCCUCGACGAGGUGCCCUUUAGCGAUGUGCCCACCAAUAUGACGACCGGCGAGAAGCUGUGCCGCAGUAAUCUGUCACUUGCGUCGCAUUAUCUCUGUAUUCAGAUUGGCUGUGGCGAGCAUGAGAGGAUUAUGGCUCUGGAUGCCCACCAGAAGAAAUGCCGGCGUUUGUAUGGCGUGGAGGUCCCUUCUUUUGACCUCGUAGCGAAUUAUACACAGAUGGAUAUCGAUAAGCUACCGCUCGUGAAAAAGGACGAUGUUCUCAAGGGCAAAUCCUUCACUACGCCGGUGCUGCCGUCGCGAUAUUUCUUCAAGAUAUGGUUUGAUACACUGGAAGCUUCUGCGUUUGCUCUUUGGUGGAGUAUCGUUUAUGGGCAUGUCAUCACACUCUUUUGGGUUGGCGUUGUCGCCCUCGGUAUCGUGAAUAAGGCCCACCUCGGGUUGAUACGCUAUAGAAGUCUCAGACGACUUUCUCGCUUGUCGCCGAUUGUUCGGGCGCCGCAGUCCUGGUUUAAGCGAAAAUUUGUGCUGCCGGCAACCUUUGGCUACCGCUGCGCCCAGAGUGUCUGGUGGUCUACGAUUCCACCGCGCAUACAGUCACUGACCAUUCUUGCCUUUUUGACCAUCAACGUCUUCUUUACUAUUACCGGGUACAAAGUCAUGGUCGUGGAUAACUUAUAUUUUGGAUCACCUUUCCGCCAAAUUACUCGCUACCUCUCAGAUCGCACUGGCACCAUCUCCUUUAUCAACUUCCCCAUGCUGUGGCUCUUUGGCAUGCGCAAUAACUUUGCCAUGUGGCUGACAGGAUGGGACUUUGCGACAUACAACAACUUCCACCGCUGGAUUGCGCGGAUUGCCACCGUCGAGGCUGUUAUACAUACUAUUGGAUACACAAUCCUAGUGCUUGGGAAUGGCGGCAUGCCAUAUCUCCUUUCAUAUUUUGAAGAGUGGUGGUGGAACGCAGGCUGCAUUGCAAUGGUUGCAAUGGGAGCUCUUAUUCCCCUGUCCAUCUACUGGCUUCGUCGCCGCCACUACGAAACAUUUCUCGUUCUGCAUAUUGGAUUGUCUCUUGUUCUUCUCUUAACUAUGCUUGGCCAUGUGUCCAUCUUCUUGGGCGAGUUUGACAUUCUAUUCUGGGUGCCCAUGGGCAUCUGGGUCCUCGACCGCGUCGCCAGGCUGCUUCGCAUCUUGGACUUUGGCAGGAUUUCAUUCUCAGUGCCAUCGAAGGUGGAAUAUGAUGACAAUGCAAAUGUUGUCCGGCUCAGUGUUCCGCUGCAUCCAGAUCUAGUGCUGCGGCCCAAGCCUGGCGUCUUUUACAAUCUCAUGGUGCUCAACGAUAAGCAUUGGUGGCAGAGCCAUCCCUUUACCGUCGCAUCCAUUGAAGAGGCAGUCUCAGAUGGCGACGAUAGCGGCGAACAAGAGCAUCUCAUUCGCAAUGGAGCAGAGGACGAUGGGCUUCCAGAGCAGAUUCAAAACGAAAAGGGCGAGUCGCACAUGACGUUCCUCAUUCGUCCGUACGACAGCUUUACAGCAAGACUUCGGGAUUUGGCCAUGACUUCUGCAAAUCUCAAUGUCGUCGUUGAAGGACCAUAUGGGCAUAGCCGCCCGCUGAAUACCUAUUCCCACGUCGUAUUCAUUGCUGGUGGUACGGGUGUCGUCGGCCCGCUGUCCUAUCUCCCGAUUCUUAUGAGCGCUCAAUCGGCAGUUAAGACAGUGGAGCUACACUGGGCUGUUAGAGAGCUGGAAUUGUACGAUCUUGUUGUCAAGGACUAUCUUAACAUGGCACAGGUUGGCUCUCUACUCACAGUAGACAUUUACACGUCGUCUCAUGGCGAUCAAUCUUGUAGAGGUACAUUACCGGCCAACAUACAGCGCCAUUAUAAACGGCCUAGUACCGGAGAUAUUGUCGAUGGAGCAGUAAGCGUCGCUCAAGGAAGCGACAUUGCGGUGCUGGCUUGCGGCCCCGAAGGGAUGCUCGAUGAUGCAAGAUUUGCCGUUGUCCAGGCACUUGCCACGGCUAACUGCCACAUUGACUAUUACCAAGAGAACUUUGCGUGGUAGACAAAACAUAAAUAAAUAGAAUUGAUAUAUAUCUGUAGAUAAAAGCUACACGCUAGACAAUUUACAUCCAAAACUCCGGAAUUCUUCUCAAAAUGUGCCGCCGUGGCGCCCCCGUCGUAGACACUAGCAUUCUAUGAGUGACUAGGAUUGUAGCCCGUAUAAGCGGUCGAACCUCCCGGUGUCGAAGCUCCUGGUUGCCCACUUGUAUACGCGCUAUAGGCUGUUGAGCCAGGGCUGUAUGCUGAGCUGUAUACACCAUAUGUAUCUGAGCUGAUAGUCCGUUGUGGUGUUUCGGAGCUCCCGUUCGGUAUCGCCAAGCUGAUUUGUGGUGCCUGUGACGCGGAGUUGGCCGCGUACGGAACUGGUGGCGGUGCAUUGUAGAAACCAGAGUCAUCACCAUACGAGACGUGAUCUUUGAGAGGCGGCGAAGGGACUGGCCAUGCGUCACCACGGGGGCCCUUUUGUGGUGCAUCACCAAGCUUCUUAUACUUGAGCAGGUUCAAGUUCAAGGGCAACUUGCGGACAGCGCCAAAGUCGAUAUGCGUCAAAAGGACCAAAAAUGUCCAAAUCAAGGCAACUGUCGGCGCAAUCCAAGCGCUAACAACAAAGGCUGGAAGCGGGGCGUUAAUGUCUUUCCAAACGAGGGAGACGAGACACAUUGCAACGCCGCUAAAAAUGACCAAAUUGAUUCGGACCAUAGUCCAGAAUGAUUUGGUGAGUUUGCUGGACAAGCACUUGAGCGCAAGCAUAAACAAGAUCGACAGGCC